CUACCAUACGACGAAUACGAAACGAAAAGUGGAUCAGCCCGUGCUUAUUAAUGGCGGAUAUUGAUGUUCUGAGUAAAGCGUUACUAGACCUGUCUUAUUAGUGGAAAGGAAUCUUAAAAUGUUGAAUUAUCACUGCCCUAAAGAUAUAUCUGUCAUUUUGUUUAACUAAGCAGCUGUGGUUUGUUUGUGGCUGUCUGAAUUGCAGUACCUUGUACUGAUCAGAAAUUUCUGUCGGAGACAUGAGACAGAAAGAACAAGGAGUAGGUCAUUAUAGAAACAUCCAAUUGUUCUUUCGCUCCUUGGACUGUUUAAAAGUUCUAAAAUGAUUGAGUUGUGAAGUGCAAUGCUUAUAGGAAAAAGAUGUUUUGUAAUGCACUUUGCUUCAAAGUUCGGAAAAAAUUAGUCAUCCAUGCUGAAACCACACCUGAUUUCACCAGGAGGACUAACAUGUUGGUUUUAUAUUUUACAGCUUCCAAACACCCUCAUAGUAAACACAUAACUUUCAGACUUCAACAUCAUGAAAGUUAGUACUGUUAGCUGUUGCCCAUGUUCAUGGCCUUACUUUUUAACUUUAUCUUACAUAUCUGGAAGGGAAAAUCAUAACAUGGAAGAAACAGUUAAGCCAGCUUCUCUGCCCUUAAAAUCUGUCAACCAAUCAUUAUGCCCUUCUCAAGCUCCUCCUGUUUCAAUCAACACACCCUCGGACACAACAGAAUCAGUAAAAUCACCCAAUAUGAGCACAGACAGUGGAUUUGAAGGCGAGAACAAUAGACCAUCUUUACUUCAAACUGUGUUACCUUCACCUUCAAAAGAUAUAAUUUUAAGCUCAUGGAGAAGUAAAAUGUUUAGUGAUGGGACCACAGCACUCAACUUUGAUGAAUCAGAAUCAACAAGCCCCAAAUCACCAAAAAAAUCAACUGAUGAUUCAGAUUUUAAUGAAUCUCCAUAUGAUAAAAAAUCAGUACCAAGUGUUGGUGAUGGACAUUCUGAAAGUGACAAUGAAUGUGGUUCAGAACAUGCUUGCACUUUUUUCUCUUCAGAUGCUUCUUGGGUCAAAUCUGGCAGUCAAUUAUCAAAGAGCAUGUGUGAUGACAAAAAAUUAGACAGUUUUAAAGGCCAAAUAUCAGCCUUCAGUAUAUGUUUGUCUAGAAAUAGUGAUGAUCCAAAUGAUAAUGACAAUGAUAAAAAUGGCAGAAGCCAUGUGGAAUUUGGAGAAUGUCUCACUUGUCAUAAAGUGCAUUAUAUUCGUUGUAGAAACUGUGUUGACUGUGCUCACUGUUCCCAAGAUGUUAAAUGGAGUGGUACACUUUCAUCAAUUCGUGAAUGCAAGGACCAUGUAAUUUAUGCUGAAGGGGAAGUGAAUAGUGAAGAUGAUUACGAUCUGCAUUGCAAACCAGAUACAGAAACAGAGUCUUCAGAUGAAAAGGUGUUUGAUGCUACGUAUAGUGACGAAACUCUUAGUGCAUAUUAUGUACCAUCCAAUGUGUCUGUGGCAGCUGAAGAAUAUCAUCUCUCUGUUAAAUUACCUGAUGAGAAGAAAUCGCCAAUUUGUGAGACGGAAGAAUCUUAUUCUGACGAUCAGAGAGAUAGUCCUUGCUUGUGUCACAUUGGCAUGUGUAAAUCGGAGAGAUGUCAGAAUGAAAGGUCCAAAUAUACCACUGUGCUGAAACCAAAGGCUGUCAGACCUCCGAUCAAUCCAAACAGGGACUAUCAUAGCAGCAUAGAAUCGCUGCACAGUCAACAUGUCGUUGCUGUGAUCGGACAACAUCAUGACAGACUAUCUGCUUUUCAUGAACGUCCAUCUAGUAGUCUUUCACAAAAUGAAGGAAUGCAUUAUUUUUUUAGCAGGUCUUUAGAUAUGCCACCAUCUGAGCCAUUGGCAAGGCACACCACUUCUCAAUUAUCUGUUGCCACGGCUUCCAAUUUUCCUACAUCCAAUUCUUGUCUUUUUAGUGAAACAUCUGGCCAUAGAUCAAGUCUGUCUGAUGUGGAUACCCUUACACGUAAGGAGCGCACUCUGACUAGAAGAAAUGUUGAAAAAGAGCAUAUUGAAUCAAGCUGCAAAACAUCCAGUAGUAAGUCAUCGCAUCUGAGUAGUAGUUCCACUACUGAAACAGAAAGCCCAAAGACGAGAGCUAAGCGCUUCAGCAUGCCUUGGGAGAUCUUCAGUAAAAGUGAGGCAUCACAAAGUCAGCAAUCCCAUUAUGAUCCUAAUAGUGAGCCAAUUCAUAUGACUUUAGAAGAAGUUCAUACUUCUCUCCAAACUCUCAAUCCUCAAGAAAAGCGAGCAUUAUAUGCAAGAUCAUCUAAAAGUGUUCCAUCUAGCGAGGGCAAAUCCUCAACAGGAUUUUUCACAUCUUACUUAAGGCAGAAAAAAUGCAAAAGAGAAGAUAAGCAUGGGUCAUCUCAGAACAAAACUGAGACUGAUGCUAAAUAUCAAAGAAAAAGUUUCCCUGUCUUUAUCAAAAGUGCAUUUAAUAAUUUCUUUGGCAUCAAGAAAAAUUUGGCUCUGCCUGUUUCAAAAUCUGAAGAUGAAUUGCCUGCAACAUCAAACAGUUCAAGCAAUAAAAAAUCUAGUCCUAAUACAAGUCCUUUUACAAACCGUGCCCUUCCACCCCUUCCAGUAAAUAGGGUUGCUGAAUGGGAUGGGGCUGAAGAUGAUGAACAAUGGACAAUAGGUGCAUGUCAAUCUCAAUUAUAUGAAAGGGAAUCUCAAGAAGACUUUGUGAGAAGGAAGAUGGAUUAUGCAGCCAGCAUUGAAAGAGUAAAAGAUUGUGGCUGGUAUUGGGGUCCCAUUAGUGGAGAAACUGCUGAAAAAUUGCUUGCUGGUGAGCCAGAUGGAUCAUUUGUUGUUCGAGAUAGCUCUGAUGAGCAUUAUAUUUUCAGCUUAACAUUUAAGUUGAAUGGUUUAGUGAGGCAUGUCAGGAUAGAGCAUGAUCAUGGUAAUUUUAGUUUUGGUUGCCUACAAAAAUUUCGUAGCAACACAAUAGUAGAUUUCAUAGACAGUGCAGUAGCCCAUUCUCGAAGUGGUCGAUAUCUGUUUUUCUUACAUCGAAGACCUAUUCUGGGGCCCAUGAGGGUUCAGCUUCUACAUCCUGUUUCGCGCUUCAAACAAGUUCAAUCACUGCAGCACAUGUGUAGGUUUAUAAUUUUGAAAACUCUGCGGAGGGACCUAAUAGACUAUCUGCCUCUACCGCGAAGGCUUAAAGACUACCUCAAUACUCCACACUAUUACUCUGAAGAGCUCGCGACCCAGUCGCUUCUCACCAAAAAGUGUCCUGACAGUCGCUCUCUCAGCAGCCGAUCUAGUCAGUCAGGAACUACCCGAGCAGAAAGUGUCUCAUCUAACACUCAAUCGAAUCCCGGAUGAUGUUUGCAGCCUUUAGGAAAGGAUCACUGUUUAACUUGCAUUCUGCUUAAUGUGUUAUCAUACCCAGUGUUCUGACCACUAAAGAAGGGAAGACGUCGACAUCUUUUUAAAGAAGAAUUAAUUUAUUAUUCAAACAUAGUGAUUAGUUCUAAAUGGGUGAAUGAGAGAAUGAAUGUGAAAUUAUAUUGUGUGCUAGCGUUUUAUGUGAGUGAUUAUGUGGAUAUACAUAUUUUUGUAUGUAUGCCACCAAUAAAUGUUAUUUGUUGUACAUGCACAGGCAUUAGAGAUGUACCGAAAGAUAAGCAUUCCGUAAACUAUAGAUGAGGCAAUUCUUUUGGCUACAUGCAUUUCCAUUGUUUGUAAGUUUUAAGUACCAACAUAUUCACUCUAUAGCUACAUAUGGAGGAAAAAUCUGCAACUUUUUUGUUUUUAUUUCAAUUCCAGUUCCUUCAUUUUUUUUUUUUCUUCUUAUUUAUGAAGACAAAAAAAAAUGUCUAAUGUAAAUAUGUUAUAAAUAAAUGGUUUGAUUUUGUUAAUUUUAUUGAGAAGAUUCCCAUUGAAACAAUCUAUUUACAUUUAUAAAUUUAUAGAUGGAAGUUUUUUAUUAUUGAAAAGAUGUUAGUUUGAAUGUACAGUUUGCUGUAUUAUAUAAGUGUUGAUGCUAUACUUCAUUAGCAUUAAAAAUUUAAUGAAAAAGAAGCUAAAUUUUUCUUUAAUGUUAAGGUAAAGCAGUGGAUUUUUGUAUCCACCAAGAAGCCAGAUUUUUAAAAAGAAGGUUGCAUGUCUAAACAUGUAAAACAUAAAAAAAAGGCUUGGUAAAUAGUAUGGUAGUUAAUGUUUUGAUAACAAUGCACUCAAAAAAUGUAUACAUUUGUAAUUAGAAGCUGUCAUAACUGCAUUUCAUGAGGUUCACUUUUUCAUAUUCUUAUAAACCUUAAAGUUGUCAUGGCAUCUUAGUUAAGAAAGCUAUCUUUUUCCCUCUUUUGUUGUAAUGUCUGGUGUAAUUAGUAAUCUGUGAGAAUUCUCAGUGUUAAUAAAAUAAAAGAAACAGUAUAGUGAGAUUGUUAUGGUUGAGAAAUAGUAUAAAUAAAAUUUUAAAAAAUUUGAUUUUGGUAUUAAUUUAAACAAAAUUCUUUUUCAAAUGUCUUUUUCUUUCAAUGAACACACAUGCAUAUUAAUAUUUGGUAUUGCGCUGUUUGUUCUCAUUUGGUUAUAUGGUUUUCUUGGAUAUCUGUUUAUUUAUAAAUAUUUUAUAUCUUUAAACAACCACACUCUUUUUUUUAAUUAAUGUUUCAGCUUUUUAUAAAUUUAAUUAUUUGAUUCCUUUUAACAUAUUUAUUCAUAAAUUAUUAUUUUAAUGGGUUUUUUUAAAAUAUUUAUUUUUUCAAAGUUAGAAAAGAAAAUAAUUUCUAUCGUCCCCUUAUCUUUAUGGUGCUUUUUUAUGUUUAAAAAAAAGAUGUGGAACUUUGUCAUUAAUGUGAUUAUUAUUCUGCAAUAGUUGGGGCCUCUAUUGGUAGCUGUUAUUAAUAUUUGAUUUGUCUGAGCUAUUCUACCAAAACAUAUUAGCAGUAUCUAUCCAAUGCUGAAAUUGCAGUAUGAAUUCAGUUUUUUUGAUAAUAUAAAAAAAGAGCCAUUUGAAUUGUUAUAUAAUCUGGACAUUUCAAAAUUUUAACAAUACAACUUUAAAACCUGAAUCAAUGAAUUUGGCCUAUUAAAACUGUGCUGUAAUUCUUACAAAAUUUGAGCCAGUCAAGAAAAAUUUAAAUAAUUUUAAAAUGUCAUGUAUUUUUUAAAAUUCUUUCUUAGGUAUCUUAACAAAUUUUGAAUUAUGUGAUGGAAUGUUACUCUUUUAAUGUUAGUUGAAAUAAAAUUCAUGAAUUUCAAUAAAAUUAAUUUAUGAUCAACAAACAUUAACUAUGUCUUACUAAAGUAUUUUACAAGUAAUCCUCAAAAGAAUGAAAAGUUUAGCUUUCUUGUCUGUUUGCCAUGGCAAUUUUAAAAAAAAAAAGAAAUGUGGAACAUAUUUCUAUGACUUUCCGUGCACAACGUUAAAGGUUAAAGCCUGAUUUUCAAUAUUUCAUCCAUUUUUAUAUGGCAAAAUGCUUAUAAAUACUAUAUUAAAAAAUUUGUACUAAGGAUUACUUUUGUUUUGUUUUUUAAAUAUUCUAUUUGUUUGUAGUUACUUUUAAAAAGCAGCUGAUAUUUAAAUUUGUUAUGUUGUGUUUUCUUAGAAAACACUGAAAAUUUCUAAUUGUGUUGUUGAUAAUCACUUGUUAUAUAUUUUUGCAUUGAUAAAACGAGGAAGCCUUUCAAGUCAAGUACACAUAUAGACCCUUCUUUCUGGAGCACAAAUAUCUUCCUCUGUGUAAUGCAAGAUAUACUUCAAAAGCUAUUUGAAAUCCUCUGUAAAAUGUCUAACUGAACCCCUGUGACACAAAUGUGAUAAAAUCGCCCGUUAUGAUGUUUGUUUGGUUUUUUUUUACAUAAUAAAGUCAAAGUAUAUGUUG